CAGGGGGCGUGACAUCCAAAAUAUAAACACCUAUGUGCGGCGGUGCAGCCGACUGGGUUCACUCCAAAACAUAUUGGAUUGAUUUGAUUAUUAGUUUAUGGUUGGACUUUAUGAUAUCCCGUGGCUUUUUUAUGCUGAACGGAAUAGGUAUGAUAGCAUUUACACUUUAGCCUGCUAACGAUAGUCGGAUAGGGAUAUGGACAGCAUCCGAGAAUGAACAAUUCGCACUCUCCGGGGAUGUGUUGUUCAGUUGUCUUUGGCUGAUCUUUAUUUACACUCAUUAUGGCCAUUAGUACAUCUAAGGUGACAAUUGGAUUCGUAGUCGCAGGCUUACUUGCGGUGUCUUUCGGGACAGUGCUUGUGUUUGUAGGACCGAUGAUUAUUGAUGACCAAAUAAUAAAGAACACCGUGAUAGACCCGAACAAUGAGAUCGCAUACCCAAUGUGGAAGGACAUCCCUGUCCCCUUCUACAUGUCAGUGUACUUCUUCAACGUCCUCAACCCCAAGGAGGUUCUGCUGGGGGAGAAACCCAUGGUGGAGGAGAGGGGACCUUACGUGUACAGGAAGCGCUGUCAGAAAGACAACAUCACCUUUCACCCAAACUUCACCGUGUCCUACCGGGAGUACCGGCAGUACUACUUUGAGCCCAGCAUGUCGGUUGGGAAUGAGUCCGACGUGGUCACCAUCCCCAACAUGUUGGUGCUGGGCGCGGCGGUGAUGAUGGAGAAGUUGCCGUUUGCUGUUCGUAUGAUGAUGAGCGCCACAUUCAAGACCUUCAAGGAGGGCCCCUUCCUGACCAAGCCCGUGGGAGAGUUGAUGUGGGGCUACGACAGCGGCCUGGUCGACUUCCUCAACAAAUACCUGCCCGGGAUGCUGCCCACCAAGGGGAAGUUUGGCCUGUUCUCCGAGUUCAACAACUCAAACACUGGGCUCUUCAACAUCCACACCGGCAAAGAUGACAUCAGUAAAGUUCAUAAAGUGGACUCUUGGAAUGGCCUCAAAAAGCUGACCAACUGGGGGACCCCCCAGUGUAACAUGAUGAAUGGAACUGCAGGCCAGAUGUGGCCCCCAUUCAUGACCCCAAAGACCACGUUACCCUUCUACAGUCCUGAUGCCUGCAGGUCCAUGGAGCUGGUGUAUCAGAGGCCGGGGGUCAUGCAGGGCAUUCCUCUCUAUCGCUACGUCGCUCCCAAGACUCUGUUUGCCAACGGCUCGGACUACGCUCCCAACGAGGGCUUCUGUCCCUGCAGGCAGUCCGGCAUCCUCAACGUCAGCAGUUGUCGCCACAACUCCCCAGUGUUCAUCUCCCACCCCCACUUCUACAACGCCGACCCCGUCCUGCUCGACUUCGUCGGGGGACUCAGCCCCAAUGAGGACGAACACGGCCUCUUCAUAGACAUUCACCCCAUGACGGGAGUCCCGCUGAACGUGUCCAUACGCCUCCAACUAAAUCUGUUCAUGAAGCGCGUUUCGGCGAUUACGGAAACUGGGAAGAUAGCGGAUGUGGUGAUGCCCAUGAUCUGGUUUGAGGAGAGUGGCUACAUUGACGGGCCCAUCCUGGACACCUUCCACACCAACCUGGUGGUGUUGCCGGCGGUGAUGGAGUACACGCAGUACAUAUUCAUCAGCCUGGGCCUGCUCACCAUCAUUGUGGCCGUGCUUGUGCACAGGCGCUCCAAGAAUCUAAAAGAUAGCACGGGUGCUAGCAACGGAGACGGACUCGUGAGCGGACCACCCAGCGAGAAGACCCCUCUGCUUCACGAUGGAACCAUGGACUAACACACACACACACUCACACACAAAGCAAUAAGACUCAACCAAUGGCCCGGCAUCACUGCUGUGCUCAAGUGUUGUUUGCAUGGGAUCUUUUGUUACAAAGACUGAUGCACCAAAUAUCAGCUUUGCCGUUUUCACUGUUCUAUAAAUAUAUAGAAGUAUUUCCUUUCAGGAGUGGCAGUGUUGAGACUCACGAUAGCGAUCCGUCGACAAGGGCUCUGUCCGGGAUUAUGUUUGUCUCUUGGACCUCAGCAAAGUUGAGAAGAACAAAUCUGUAUGUGGGUUAUAUAUUUUUUCUACACCUUCGCCUCUGUUUCUCUAGACUGAUGUUAUUGUUGGUGAUGUUGUAUCUAUACACUAACCGGUUGCCUAGAAUUUCCUCCACCCCAAAAAAAACCUGCUUUGAUUGAGUGAUUCGUGCAUUUGUGUCUCAAUCGACGAAACUUUGAAACUGGAUAUUGUGACCUGUCAAUCGUUGUGCCAUUCGGAUACCUCAAAUGGACUUGUGCCUUUAUACCAUUUGAUACCCCUUUUAUACCAAUUCUUACGAAUACUACUGGGUGACAUUCACACGAGUUGAUUCUAUACUUGAUUGACUGACUAGAGUGAGUUCUAAAUGUACUAGCCAUAGGAAUCCUACAUUAGGCUGUAUCUGGGAUGCACAUUAUUGUAUCUAUUCAAUUGUAGCAUUCUGUCUCUGUGUUUGUAAGAGUCUAAAUGUGCUUCAUGAUGGUCAUGUGAUCGGAUGGAAGCAGACUGAAAUAAAUUUCUUUGUUCAAAACAA